GCGGUGAGAGGAGUGUACGCGAUGGCCGGGCCCGCGUGGAUCUCCAAGGUCUCUCGGCUGCUGGGGGCAUUUCACAAGCCAAAACAGGUGACCAGAGGUUUUGCUGGUGGUGAGAUGGUAUUGGCCCAGAAAUUUCAGCUGCAGUUAUGAAGAUUUUUGAUGCUGCUAAAGCACCUAUUCAGUGGGAGGAGCGGAAUGUCACUGCCAUUCAAGGACCGGGAGGAAAGUGGAUGAUCCCUUCAGAAGCCAAAGAGUCCAUGGAUAAGAACAAGAUGGGUUUGAAAGGCCCUUUAAAGACCCCAAUAGCAGCUGGCCACCCAUCUAUGAAUCUACUGCUGCGUAAAACAUUUGACCUUUAUGCAAAUGUCCGGCCAUGUGUCUCCAUUGAAGGCUAUAAAACCCCUUACACCGAUGUGAAUAUUGUCACCAUUCGAGAGAACACAGAGGGAGAAUACAGUGGAAUUGAACACGUGAUUGUCGAUGGCGUGGUGCAGAGUAUCAAGCUCAUCACCGAGGAGGCGAGCAAGCGCAUUGCUGAGUUUGCCUUUGAGUAUGCCCGGAACAACCACCGGAGCAACGUCACAGCCGUGCACAAGGCCAAUAUCAUGCGGAUGUCAGAUGGGCUUUUUCUACAAAAAUGCAGAGAAGUAGCAGAAAACUGUAAAGAUAUUAAAUUUAAUGAGAUGUACCUUGAUACAGUGUGUUUGAAUAUGGUACAAGAUCCUUCCCAGUUUGAUGUUCUUGUUAUGCCAAAUUUGUAUGGAGACAUCCUUAGUGACCUGUGUGCAGGAUUGAUUGGAGGUCUUGGUGUGACACCAAGUGGCAAUAUUGGAGCCAACGGGGUUGCCAUCUUUGAGUCGGUUCACGGGACCGCCCCGGACAUUGCAGGCAAGGACAUGGCCAACCCUACAGCCCUCCUGCUCAGUGCCGUGAUGAUGCUGCGCCACAUGGGACUUUUUGACCACGCGGCAAGAAUCGAAGCUGCAUGCUUUGCUACAAUUAAGGAUGGAAAGAGCUUAACAAAAGAUUUGGGAGGCAAUGCCAAAUGUUCAGACUUCACAGACGAAAUCUGUCGCCGAGUAAAAGAUUUAGAUUAAAGCUUCCAGGAAUGGCACACACAUCAGUCACUCCGAUGGACACCAUGUGAACCUCUAUGUAGAAUACCUUCUGUUAUGUGCGCAUUGGUUUGCUUGUUUCUUGACAGAGUACAUUUCUAAAUCUGGCCUUUUCUUAACAAAAUCUGUGCAAAGGAUGCGGGUGAUGUCCCUGGGCCUGCUUUCAAAGGACUUUUUCCAAGUGCUGUUUUAUUUAUUAAAUGUCGUCUGUAAACAUGUUUUUGUAAGCUCUGAACGGACUGUUGCCAUUCUUAACCAUUUUACACUUUAGUUAAAAUAGUUUUUCCUCAACUGUAAAUAUCAUGAUACAGAAGUCAUAAGAGAAGACAUCUAACUUUUUAAAGAAAAACGUUCUUUUCCUUAGUUUAUGAAAAACAUAAUGGAAAUAAAACAAGAUAUUGACAUAACAGCACAAGAUGACAUUCUUAUAAACGGGCACAGGAGAAAUUUCAUUGGAAAGUUCAUAUCAGAAACAGUGAAUAUGGCAUAUUUCUUAGUGAUACGGACAAUAGAGACAGAUUUGUCCUUUAUAUGAAUUCCUGAGUAUGAAUAAAAAUUUCAGAUCCAAGAAAUAUAUAAUGAAAGAUGUAAUUUUUUAUUAAUGAGAUAAAGAUAAUAUAUUAGGUACAAAGACACGAAUGUAUUGUAUGUUCAAUUAUUUUGUUACCUUAAGACUUACUCCUCGCAAGAGCUUUUAAUGAAGCAGAAGGUGGUACUUCCUCUUCAUUGGACACUGAUUAAGCAUCGUGAGUUGUCACAGCCCCUGAGUCCCUGUAUUGACACUCUGAGUUGGGCCGGGGAACUGACCGUGUUGUGAACUGAUUCUUGCUUGUCGCUGUCUGGAAAUGGACCGUACUCCAGUAGGUGCUGCUGGGGGUGGCACUGCCGAAAGGCCCGAUCCUGUGUCCUUUGGCAGUGGUCGACAAGCUUGGGCUGCUGGCUAGUAACUUCAUAUUUUAGCGACUGCCCCUUCACCUCCCCCUAGGCCCCAUCAGUGCCCUUGGCCUCAACAGUACCAGUACGAGACGACAUUGCGAAGACUAGAGCUGACUCAGCCCAUGCUGAUUCAAAAGCUGGGGCUGGGGCUGAGCUUUUGACUUUCAGGCACCUUCCUUCUUCCCUCCCUGCCCCUCCUCUCCCCUCCCCUCCCUUGCAACGUGGUUUUUCUUCUUCAGACACGAAGUUACUGUCUUCAUGAACAGUUACCCUUUGGCCCCAUACUAAAGGCAACUCAUGGCCUUCCGUGGCCCUCAUGAAACAUUGCAAACCUGUGGCUUUGCAUCAUGUACCCAGGUCACAAGGGGAUUUCUUAACAACAGCAUCCCUGUCUCCGGGUCAUUUCUCAGACUUGUAACCAGACUUAUACUCUUAUAUGUAUUUUACUUUGUGUAAGCUGCCGCUUCCCAGUUCUAUUGGAUUGUGCUCAUGAGCUUUGGCUCUUGGGUUCAAAGUAAUAAAGAAUUCCAAAACUGCU